GGUAAAUCUAAUCUAAGGAGUGGUCUAAUUGUUUUUAAUCCUUAAGUUUACACUAUAAACACUAUAAACAGUAAACCUAGAUGGACGUACUAUUGUUAACCAGUAUUGUCGAACAUAGUUUAGUAACUGAACAAUUCGGUUCAGCUAGUAUGCCCAUAAAAGUUGCCAGCAUUGUGAUUGCCAGAAAACCCCCAAGAAUAUGGAAGUCUUCGAGAAAUUCUGGAAUCCGUUGUGGUAACAAGUGUGAUCCUAAUCCGUCAGUCAUUGCAGAUUGUUAUAACUUAUUACCAUUUUCACUAUUGCGGCAACAUGAUGAUUUUCGCUCAAUAAUGUCACCAUGGGUCUGGACAAAACGUAAAAUUUCCUGCAAACAAUUGUACAUUUGAGAAUAUAA